CGUCGAAGCUGGUGCUAGUAACCAACACAGCGACCGGCGCUGUAGUGGAGUUUGACGUGGCACUCUGAUUUCACUUAGUAGACAGAAGAGAGGACUCUGCCCAAUAUUCAGGUUGUCAGACGGAUUCAUCCUGGCAUGAGAAGGCCCUAACCGUCAUCCUAUCAUCAUGAGUCAACAAGGUUAUGUCGCUGCACCCCCCUACUCCCAAGCCCAGCCAGGGAUGGGGGGCUAUCAAGGUGGAUUUGGAGCUGGUCCUGCUCAACCCCUCUACGGACACUAUGGGGGACAGCCUCAGGCAUUUGCAGCUCCACCCACAGGUGUGAUGAAACCCCCGGUGUCUACUGCUGCUGGCAUGCCUCCACCUCCAGCAUCCAGUCAGUACAAUCAAAACAUCCAGCAGAAUGGCGCACAUCCACAAAGAUACCCUGCUCCACCUGCUUCCUCUGCUUAUGGACAACCUCUACAGUCACCAUAUAACAGCGUGGCCUCACAGGCCCCGCCUCCAGCACAGCAGCUCACCAAUCAGAUGAGUGCUAUGAACUUGGGCAACUAUGCUCCAGGUCCCAUGCUGAACCCUCCUCCUCCAACACAGCAGCCAUUCCAAACAGCUCCUCCUCCAGCGAUGGGUCAGCCCCCAAUGCCUCCAGGUCCACAGUCGCCCCUCAUGUCCCCCCAGAUGUCUCCACCACAGUCACCCCCAGCGAGCAUGGCGAUGGGAGGCCCAGCGAUGGCAGGCCCAGCGAUGGCAGGUCCACCAAUGGCAGGCCCACCGAUGGCAGGUCCACCAAUGGCAGGCCCACCGAUGGCAGGUCCACCAAUGGCAGGCCCACCGAUGGCAGGCAUGGGUAGACCCUUUCCUGGACCACCUCCAACAGGCCCUGGAGGUUUCCAGCAGGCUGGUCCUGGAGCUGCCAGUCCACUGGGAUACCAGCAGCAAGCAGGUCCAUUUGGGGGACCAAUGUCUGGGCCCCAGCCAGGAAUGCCAGGGGGCUUUCCUGGAGCACCAGGUGGACUGGCGGGACCACCUCAGAAGAAACUGGACGCUGACUCCAUUCCCAGCACAACUCAAGUCAUCGAGGAAGACCAGGGGAAACAAGGAGGGCAAGUCUACAGCACAAACAUCAGAGGACAGGUUCCUCCUCUGGUCACCACAGACUUCUCAGUACAGGAUCAAGGCAAUGCCAGUCCCAGGUUCAUGCGCUGCACCACCUACACCCUCCCGUGUACCGCCGACUUGGCUAAACAAUGCCAAGUACCCCUGGCUGCCAUUGUGAAACCCUUCGCCAGUUUGCCAAAGAAUGAGACUCCUCUUUAUAUCGUGAACCAUGGUGACACAGGACCGAUCCGCUGCAAUCGAUGCAAGGCUUACAUGUGUCCCUACAUGCAGUUUAUUGACGGAGGACGUCGCUACCAGUGUGGUUUCUGCACUUGUGUCAACGAAGUUCCCGUCCAGUAUUUCCAACAUCUCGACCACAUGGGCCGGAGGGUGGACUUCUAUGAGAGACCUGAGCUGUCUCUGGGGUCCUAUGAGUUUGCAGCCACCCUGGAGUACUGCAAGAACAACAAGGCUCCAAACCCUCCUGCCUACAUCUUCAUGAUUGACGUGUCCUACAACAACAUUAAGAGCGGACUGGUCAAGCUGAUAUGUGAAGAGCUUAAGACUCUGCUGGAGAAUCUGCCCAGAGAGGACGGUAUGGAGAGCUCUGCCAUCAAAGUGGGCUUCGUCACCUACAACAAGGUCCUCCACUUCUACAAUGUGAAGAGCGCUCUGGCCCAGCCCCAGAUGAUGGUGGUGUCGGACACUGCCGAGAUGUUCGUCCCGCUGCUCGAUGGUUUCCUCGUCAACUACCAGGACUCCAGGGCUGUGAUCUUCAACCUGCUGGACCAGAUCCCUGACAUGUUUGCCGACACCAGCGAGAGCGAGACAGUCUUUGCCCCCGUCAUCCAGGCUGGUGUGGAGGCAUUCAAGGCAGCAGAGUGCAGCGGGAAGCUCUUCAUCUUCCAGUCCUCCAUGCCCACAGCGGAGGCCCCCGGCAAACUGAAGAACAGGGAUGACAAAAAGCUGGUCAACACAGAGAAAGAAAAAACUCUGUUCCAGCCUCAGAAAGGAGUGUACGAGCAGCUGUCAAAGGACUGUGUGGCACAGGGCUGCUGUGUGGAUCUCUUUAUCUUCCCAAGCCAGUAUGUGGACUUGGCAACUAUGGGUGACGUGCCCUCACACACCGGAGGCUCCGUCUACAAGUACAACAACUUCCAGGUGGAGACAGAUGGAGAGCACUUCCUGAGAGACCUGAGGAAAGACGUGCAGAAGAACAUCGGAUUUGACGCAGUCAUGCGAGUCCGUACCAGCACAGGCUUCAGAGCCACAGACUUCUUUGGUGCCAUCCAUAUGAACAACACCACAGAUGUGGAGAUGGCAGCCGUAGAUUGCGACAAGGCUGUGACCGUAGAGCUGAAGCAUGAUGACACGCUCAGUGAGGAGACGGGGGCACACAUGCAGUGUGCCUUGCUGUACACCACCAUCAGCGGGCAGCGACGUCUCCGCAUCCAUAACCUCAGUCUGAACUGCAGCUCACAGUUGAUGGAGCUGUUCAAGAGCUGUGAGACUGACUCACUCAUCAACUUCUUUUCCAAAUCAGCUUAUCGUGCCAUAUUGAACCAGCCGCUGAAGAAUGUGAGGGAGAUCCUGGUCAACCAGACGGCCCACAUGCUGGCCUGCUACAGGAAGAACUGUGCCAGCCCGUCUGCUGCCAGCCAGCUGAUCCUGCCCAGUGCCAUGAAGGUGCUACCGGUCUACAUGAACAGCCUGAUGAAAAGCGGCCCCUUGGUUGGCAGCACUGAGCUCUCAACAGACGAAAGAGCUCAUCAGCGGCUGUCAGUCAUGGCCAUGGGGGUGGAGGACACGCAGCUGCUGCUCUACCCACGUCUUGUCCCACUGCACAAUAUGGACACUGGCAGCGAGGCCCUCCCCGCUCCGGUACGCUGCUCAGAGGAGGGUCUGACAGACUCCGGCAUGUACCUGCUGGAAAACGGCCACUCCAUGUUUCUGUGGCUCGGCCAAGCGAGCCCGCCAGACCUCGUCCAGAACAUCUUUAAUGUGCCCUCCCUCGGCCACCUGCAAGGAAACAUGUGUUCACUGCCAGAACUUGACAAUCCACUGUCCAAGAAAGUCCGAUCCAUCAUCAACGAGCUCCUCGAAAAGAGGCCAAACUCUAUGAAGCUCCAGAUCGUGAGGCAGCGGGACAAACCAGAGAUGCUCUUCCGACAGUUCCUGGUGGAGGAUAAAAGCCUGCACGGCGGAGCCUCCUACAUGGACUUCCUUACCUACGUUCACCGAGAGAUCAGGCAGCUGCUGACUUAACUCCUCCGUGUUAACACCUGUGAGAAACCUGGCGUCUGACUGACCAUGCAUGAACUUCACAGGGUCGGUCUCAGUUGGCUGCAUUUUAAUCUUAAGAGACGAUCCACAGAAAGAAACUUUUUCACGUGUUUGACAAAGACUGAGGAGAAAGAAAUGAGGAGCCAGAGAAAGCUUUUUUUGAGAUUAACCAGCAAGAGUCCAAAGCUGCCUUUCUGACAUUGUUUAGUGCACACACGUUACAGUCUCCUCAAAUAACCGCUUGUCACUCAAAGGGCCUCUGGAAGAAUCAAACGAUGAACCCAUCCGGUAUUUCUCUCAAAAAAUACUCUGCGUGAUGGGCCGUGGAGCUGGGAUGACGUCAGCACCCGCAACUUGAGUGCAUUUUGGCAUAAAGCCUGCUGGCAUAAGCAAUACAACAUACAUCUCCACUGUGCGCUCAGUAUACAUUUCACUUUGUAGUUCUUGUGGUUAGGAUAAGGGGUUAUUUGGGGGCGAUGCUGUAGAUGUUUGCUUUCAAUAAUAAUCAAUAAAGUUGCCAGUCUUUGUUAAACACGA